AUGGCCAGUGCAUCGUCGGAAGACAGCAAGAAAGCAGCCAACGACUCGUUAGACGGAUCGUUAGACGGCAACGCUUCCCACAUGCCAAGAACACGGCGACAAUGUCCGGACGAUGAAGACAACAACUUGAACAAAAUACUGGGAAAAGAUGCGCCGCGAAGAUCACUGAGUUCCGAGUUGGAUGGCUCCCUGGUGAUUGGUGAUAACUGGAAGAACAUGACGACGGUACACAAAGGAAGGCAUGAAUUCGGUGACAGCAGUGAUUCCUUAAUGGACGACAGUUUUGCGGAAAGCUUUGGGGGGAAUAGCUUCGCGAGCUCACAAGAUAGCUUUGCUGCGGAUGAAGAGGACAAAAUAGCAUCUCAAUUCACAACGUUGGAUGAUUCCUCAUCAGGAGGAGGAGGAGGAGGAGCGGUGACUGCUCGAAGGGCGACACCAAGACGGACGUACAGCAAGCAAAGGAAAACUAUGCCAAAGAAAUCAGAUCCAUUACAAGCAAUUUCAGAAGACGAUGACACUGCAGAUUCUUAG